AUGGCGCGGGAGCUGAGCCAGGAGGCGGUGCUGGAUUUCCUCUGGGGGGCCGGGGGCAGCGCCCCCAACGCUGCGCUGCUCCGCCACUUCGAGCGCUUCCUCCGCGACCCGGCGCUGCCCGCCGCGCAGCGCCGGCAGCGCCGCGACCGCUUCAAGCGCCUCGUCAACUCCCUGGCCACCGUCCGCCCCGCCGCCGCCCCCGGCGCCUCCAAGGACAUCGUCCUCCGCCGCCGGUACCGCGACCUCCUCGGCGAGGAGCAGCUGCGGCCGCAGCAGCAGCCCGAGCCGCACCAGAGCGACGAGGAGAGGGAGAGGGAGAGGGAGCGGGAGCCGCCGCCGCCCCGCGACCGCCCCCGGCAGCGGCGGCGCAGCCCCGCCCUGCUGCCAGCACCCCGGGAGCCACCACUGUUGGGACCCAAGGAGCCACCUCCAUCCCACUCCUUGCUGCCACGAUCAGGACCCAAGGAGCCACCUCCAUCCCAGUCCUUGCUACCACCACCAGGACCCAAGGAGCCACCUCCAUCCCAGUCCUUGCUGCCACCACCAGGACUCAAGGAGUCACCUCCACCCCAGUCCUUGCUGCCACGAUCAGGACCCAAGGAGCCAACUCCAUCCCAGUCCUUGCUGCCACCAUCAGGACCCAAGGAGCUACCUCCAAACUGGUCCCUGCUGCGACCAUCAGGACCCAAGGAGCCACCUAUAUCCCGGUCCCUGCCACCACCAUCGGGAACCAGAGCACUUUUCUCCACUGAGCUGCCCCGGUCCCUGCCACUGUCCCUUGCUGGGCCACCUCCAUACAGGAUCCGUUCACCACCAGGCCCUGGGGGGCCACCUCCAUCCCAUUGCCUGCUGCCACCAGUAGGACCCAGAGUGCUGCCCUGCAGUAGGCCAUCCCAUUCCCGAUCCUUGCCUCCGCUGCAGUCCCCACUGCCAACACUGGUGCCUGGGGAGUGGGGGUCCCCGGAGUGCAGCCCCCCAGCAACACUGCCUGUCUUCAGGAGCAUCCGGUGCCAGCUGGCCUUGCUGGAGGUGCAGGGCACCCCCUCAUCACCGCCAGAGGAGGCUGGGGGGCUGCCCUACAGCCUCCCUCCUGAGAGCCUCCCGAAGAGCCUCCCGGGCCGGGGGCCAUCGGUGCCACUGGGGCGACGGGAGCACACCUGGCUGGUGGCUGUGUCAGCGGGGCGCUGGGCACAGGUGCAGGGGCUCUUCCUGGAGGAGCCGCAGCUGGCCCUGUGGCGAGACUUCGUGUCGGGCUUCACGGCCCUGCACUGGCUGGCCAAGCAUGGUGAUGGGCAGGGCCUGCGGGAGCUGGCGGCGGCGGCACAGGAGGCCGGGCUGGUCCUGGACGUGGACGCCCGCUCGGGCUGCGGGUACACGCCGCUCCACCUGGCCGCCAUGCACGGCCACCAGAUUGCCAUCAAAGUGCUGGUGCUGCAGUUGGGGUGCCGGGUGCGGAUACGGGACAGCAGUGGGCGCCGGCCCUGGGAGUACCUGGGCAGCUCCACCUCGGGGGAGAUCUGGCAGCUCCUAGAGGCGCCUCGGGGCAAGGUCAUCUUCCCCACGCAGCCCCUGGCCCGCAGCGUGUCCUCCGUCAGCAAGGCCUCGCUGCCCGCCGGCAGGACCUCGCUGCCCGCCUGCCUCAAGCCGCAGUGCGGCCCCAGGGCAGCGCCUCACCGUCGCGAUGGCGACUGAAACGCGGCUCACUGACAUGCCCCUGCUGCUGGAGACGGGGCCCACGGGGCCAUU